CUUUUGUUUGUAUGUGUUCGGGGUGCAUUAGUUUGAAUUGGAUUGUGUUUUUAAAUUUUGUGGAAAAUUGAAAUGAUUAUGGCCUUUGUUGCUAUUCUGGAAUGAAGGCAGUCAGACUCAAAAGUCUUCAGUCAUUUAAUAUGUACAAAAAGGCUCAAAGCAUGUCUGGUAAUCCGACUCUCGUAGAUGAGGAUGCUUCUUCAGGAUCAGGAGAUGAGGCAAACAUGUUGGAUGGGCACAAUAAACCUCAAUCUGUGACACCAAAUUCAAGUCGUCGCAAGAGAAGUCGUAAAGCUACAGGUGAUGCAAUAGUUGAUGCUAUGCUUGAAAUAGCAGCCGCUUCAAAGAUGAGGGCAGCUGCAAUCAUGAGGAAUGAUGAGCUUUUUACUAUAAGCAAAUGCAUAAGACUAUUGGACGAGAUGCAAGAUUCAUCAGCCUUUAUGGAUGACUUUGACAUUGAAUUGGAUGAGCUGGAAUUAGUUGCAGCAGCUGCUGGUUACCACUACUAUAAUAGUAUUACGAGGUGUCCUGUGCAUAGCGUGUCUCCUAAAGGAUCUGGAUUCUUGGCUGAAGUACUCAAUGGUCAUGAUGAUUCGUGUCGAGAAAUGUUAAGGAUGGACAAGCAUGUGUUUCACAAGUUGAGCGAUACUUUUCGACAGAGAGGCAUGCUACGUGACACAGCAGGUGUCAUGAUAGAGGAGCAGUUGGCCAUUUUCUUGAACAUUGUUGGCCACAAUGAACGUAACAGAGUAAUUCAAGAGCGUUUUCAGCAUUCGGGUGAAACAAUAAGUAGACACUUCAAUAAUGUAUUGAAGGCAAUCAAGUCAUUAUCACGAGAGUUCCUUCAAACUCCACCUCUCAUUACUCCAGCAGAGAUCCUGCAAAGCAAUAGAUUCUAUCCUUACUUUGAGGUGCUUAUCUGAACACAUC